AUGACUGUUGAACCAAUAAAACUACUAUUAUGGUGGUGCUUAUUAUUUGUACCAUUUACCAUCGCAUUUUCUUUCUUAGAGGGUAAAGUUCUUGAAGGUAAAAAUUAUGGAAUUAAGGAAUUUCCAUCAAUGUUGGUUGGUCUUAAUGAUUUUAAAGAUUACUAUGUUAAUGUCUCGGUAGGAACCCCGGGUCAAAUUCAACAAUUAAUAUUAAAUACCGCAAGUCCCUAUAGUUGGGUGCUCUCUGGUUCAAAGAAUACUCAAUGUCAUAACCAUUCAUUAUGUAAUUCAGGUUCUUUUUAUUUACAAGAACGAUCUUCUACGGCUACAAAUUAUAAUUCUGAUCAUUCUUACACAUUAGGGUUUAUAGACGGUAUUGCAAUAAAUGGUACUGCUACAAAUGAUGCCAUUGUUUUCCCAAAUAUAUCCGUAGUAAGCAGUGGAACAGAUUCAACCACUAAAAAUUCAAAUAGAAUCUAUGAGAAGACGUUAUUUAACUCAACUGAAAAUAUUAUAUAUACAAGUGAUAAAUUAGCUUUAUCAAACCUAUCAUUUAUUAAUGUGAACCAAACGAAAAAUUUACAAUCCGGUGUCCUGGGUCUUGGUGGACGAAUAACUUUCCCAAAUUCUCCUAUAGACCAAUGUAAUUUCGAUUCUUCUUUUUAUUUUAUCAAUGAUAUGGUCGCUGCAAAUAUAAUCGAAUCAGCAAGUUAUUCUUUAUGGCUAAAUAGUGGUCGUGCCACAGAGGAAGAUACCAACGGAGGGGAUGGUGUAUCGCCGUUAUCUGCUUCCCCAUUACCAAGUUCGUUAACUGAUGGGUUUGGAAGACUUCUAUUUGGUGCUGUGGAUCCAUCAUUAUAUACAGGUCAAAUGUAUCAAUUUAAUAUGAUCCCCUUUAUGGACCCUAAGACAGGUGUUGCAAGUACAGGUUACCCGAUUGUACCUAUGGGCCCAAUAUAUAUGGUGUCUAAAGGGGGAGACCGUUUAAAUAUGACCUCCGAACAACAUUUUGAGCCUGUAUUGUUAGAUUCCAGUUUUAUUGGUAAUUACUUACCUGCAAGUACGAUUAUUCAGAUUGCAAUUCAAAUUGGUGCUACUUAUGUAGAAUCCUUAGAUAGAUGGCUUGUACCAUGUUAUGUACAAUCGUACGGUGCAAAGAUUGAAUUUACAUUUGAUAACUUAAAGAUUCAAGUACCAUUAGGUGAUCUAUUAUCGAACUCUACAAUGCAUUACCCCGAUAAACAAGCGGCAUGUUUUUUAAGAUUAUACGCUAACAGUUACAUUGGGUUUAAUAUCCUUGGACAAUCAUUUUUAAGAAGUACUUACUUGGCGGUAGAUUUGGACGGUAAUACUGUCGGUUUGGCGCAGGCUUUCUCAAAUAAACUACAACUCAAACCACAACCACAAGUUGGUCAGCAACAACAAGCUGUUAGUUCUUCUGUCUCCGCUUCGUCAACACCAAUAUUAGCUGCAAUAAAAUCCGGCUAUAUCCCAUAUGCGUAUCACAAGAUCUAUAACUCAACGAGUUUAGCAUUAUAUCCGUCCAGUGUUUCAAUGUUCAUGUCAAACAUACCUGGUCAAUAUUCCGCUUCCGUUUUCUCAAAUGGUAUUAUUACACGACCUAUGCGAUCUUUUUACGAUACCUCCAGAUCGACAACUACCAAGAGUUCGACUAUAUUUUCUAGUUCCUUAUCACUAGCAUUGCCAAGCGGUAAUAUCACUACUACGAUGUAUGCUGCGGGUUUACGUCAAAAUCAAGUUCCCACCGUUUAUCAGGGAACGAACCAACAACUAUACAUUCUUUUGGGAAUAUUGGUUGCAUUUAUUGCAUUCAAUACAGUACUAUAA